CUCACUUGUCAGCAUAUAGCCGUCUCACUGGUGGUGCUGCUCGUCACUUGCUGGCGCGGUCAGGUUGAGGGACAAGUCUCCAGUCAGCCACACGACCUGAGGUCUUCCACAACCUCGGCACUUUCCCACCAAAGACUGAGGUGGAAGUCCAGCAGCAUGGCGUCCAAGAGCGCCACCCUGCGGUUUCUGCGAACGCUGCUCCUCAUCCUCGCCGUCGUCUCUGCUGUUUCUGCUGAGACACCGGAGGGCGGAGCAUUCAAUAAGGUCUUGAACGACUUGAAGAAUGUAGCACACCGGGUCCUGGAGAACGUCGGCGUGGAGGGUCCCGAAAAGAAGUCCCUGGAGGCUGACGUGACAAACAACGAUACAGACGAGCCAAGCUCCUCCAAAGUACUGUCGCUUCUGGACGCAUUGCAGUCCUUUUCAAAGAAGGGUUUCUUCUUUAAAGGGCGUAAACAUGGGCAUGGACAUGGACAUGGCCAUGGAUCUGGAGAAGAACAUUCAGGAGCAGCCGAAGGUAGUAGUGGAGGCUGUGCAAGUGGUUACCAGAGUCAUGACGGCACCUGCUACAGGGCGUAUGGAGACAGGAAGUCUUAUGACGAUGCCAAGGCUAAGUGUGCUGCUGAUGGUGGCCGCCUGGUGGCGCCAAAGACGGAGAGGCUGGACACCUUCAUCAUGGGCCUGGUACAAGCGAACGGAGGAGGCGACCAUUGGAUAGGAUUGGACGACAGGGCAUCGGAAGGCGUGUGGACAUUCAGCGAUGGGACACAGAUGCAGAAUUGUGACUUCAAGAAAUGGGCCCCAGGAGAGCCCAACAAUAACGGAGGGCAGGACUGUGUGCAGUACUGGGCGGGAAGAAGCAACCGCUGGGACGACGACACGUGCAGCAGGCAAAAGAAAUUCAUUUGCCAGAUCGGGCCAGGAGACAACACAGGCUGUACCGGGACCAGUGGAAACAGCCCUGGCUACACGAGUCUUGGCUGUUGGAAAGACAAGUCAAGCAGAGCGAUCGGGCAGCUGGAAGGCAAGGACUCCCGUCUGAGCGGCGAUUACAAGAGACGUGAUGACGCACUGAGGAAGUGCUACGAAGUGGCUAAAGAUCGCGGCUUCAUGGUCUUCGGUGUGCAGAAUGGAGGCCAGUGCUUCGGGUCACCCAUCGCUGGGGGAACCUACAGGAAGUACGGACCUUCGUCGGGCUGUAGAGGCGGGGAAGGAGGCGGAUGGGCGAAUGAUGUGUACAGGAUCACAGAUGCGAACCCAAAGUAUUUCACCCUGGGAUGUUGGAAGGACACAUCGAAUAGGGCCAUUGCCAUUGUCGAAGGGUCGGAUAGCCGCCUGGAUGGUCAAUACAGCCGUCGAAAAGAUGCCAUCAACAAAUGCUACGAGGUGGCCAAAGCUAAGGGCAAUGCCGUGUUCUCCGUUCAGAACGGUGGACAGUGCGGGACGUCGUCCAACGCACAAAGUACCUACUACAAGUUUGGGAGAUCAACGGCAUGCAAGACAGACGGCAAGGGAGGAGGCUGGGCGAACCAAGUCUACCGAAUCAUAGGAGCAGGGGCAAGCUUCGGGUGGCUCCAAUGCUCACCUAGCUGGGCCAUCGAUGCUUCGGGCACCCCAUAUGUUCAUAACGGUGUGACGUAUGGUCCCGGGCAAGUCCUGGACGGGAACCCAAACACCUACUGGAACCCCCAGCAAACGUCGAGGAACUUCAACCGGUGGUACAUCAUCUUCAACUUUGGCAAGAGAUACAGACUUUGGGGAUUCCGUCUCUCCCACUAUGGUGACACCACACACGACAUCAAGAAAUUCCAACUGCAAUGGUCUGCUGGUAACAAUCCUUACGACUGGAAAGAUGCCUUGACCGUCGACGAAGCUACGGCAGGAACAAACAAUAAUCAAUACUUCUAUGGAUUUGGUGGGACCGGUCAGUACUGGCGACUGUACAUCACUAGAACACACUCCGGCUAUCAACCUCUUCUAAAGGAAAUCGGGUUCUACGGAAUGGAAGCAGGCUCUGGUUCCGGAGGUGUGAAAGCUCCCCAAUGUGCUGGCAGUACUACCAACAUUGCUCGGGGUAAGCAAGUGGAACAGUCGAGUCUCGCGUAUGGAGGCAACCCUGAUCGGGCUGUGGACGGGAACACCAACUCGUUUUGGCCUGGAAACAGCUGUACACACACCGACAUGGAAAACAACCCGUGGUGGCGAGUCGACCUGGGUGCCUCCCAGUGUGUGGACAGAGUUGUCGUCACCAACCGGCUAGACUGUUGCUCGGAACGACUCAGCGGCUUCAAGGUGUACGUGGGAGACAACCCAACAGUGACCGACAACCCAUCGUGUGGGGGAGAGCAGCAUACACGGGGCAAGGCGAAAUUUACCGUGAACUGUGGUCGUCGCACAGGCCGGUACGUGGGGAUAGCUCUAUCGGGAAGGCAGUACCUCACACUGUGUGAAGUGCAGGUCUUUGGAGGAGCAGCCGAAGGUAGUGGAAGCUGUGCAAGUGGUUACCAGAGGUAUGACGGCACCUGCUACAGGGCGUACGGAGACAGGAAGUCUUAUGACGAUGCCAAGGCUAAGUGUGCUGCUGAUGGUGGCCGCCUGGUGGCGCCAAAGACGGAGAUGUUGGACACCUUCAUCAUGGGCCUGGUACAAGCGAACGGAGGAGGCGACCACUGGAUAGGAUUGGACGACAAGGCAUCGGAAGGCGUGUGGACAUUCAGCGAUGGGACACAGAUGCAGAAUUGUGACUUCAAGAAAUGGGCCCCAGGAGAGCCCAACAAUAACGGAGGGCAGGACUGUGUGCAGUACUGGGCGGGAGCAGGCAACCGCUGGGACGACGAUACGUGCAGCAGGCAAAAGAAAUUCAUUUGCCAGAUCGGGCCAGGAGACAACACAGGCUGUACCGGGACCAGUGGAAACAGCCCUGGCUACAUGAGUCUUGGCUGUUGGAAAGACAAGUCAAGCAGGGCGAUCGGGCAGCUGGAAGACUCCCGUCUGAGCGGCGAUUACAAGUCCCGCCCUAACGCACUGGGGAAGUGCUACGAAGUGGCUAAAGAUCGCGGCUUCAUGGUCUUCGGUGUGCAGAAUGGAGGCCAGUGCUUCGGGACACCCAUCGCUGGGGGAACCUACAGGAAGUACGGACCUUCGACGGGCUGUGCAGGAGACGGGGAAGGAGGCGGAUGGGCGAAUAAUGUGUACAGGAUCACAGAUGCGAACCCAAGGUAUUUCACCCUGGGAUGUUGGAAGGACACAUCGAAUAGGGCCAUUGCCAUUGUAGAGGGGUCGGAUAGCCGCCUGGAUGGUCAAUACAGCCGUCGAAAAGAUGCCAUCAACAAAUGCUACGAGGUCGCCAAAGCUAAGGGCAAUGCCGUGUUCUCCGUUCAGAACGGUGGACAGUGCGGGACGUCGUCCAACGCACAAAGUACCUACUACAAGUUUGGGAGAUCAACGGCAUGCAAGACAGACGGCAAGGGAGGAGGCUGGGCGAAUCAAGUCUACCGAAUCAUAGGAGCAGGGGCACGCUUCGGAUGGCUCCAGUGCUCACCUACCUGGGCCAUCGAUGCUUCGGGCACUCCAUAUGUUCGUAACGGUGUGACGUAUGGUCCCGGGCAAGUCCUGGACGGGAACCCAAACACCUACUGGAACCCCCAGGGAACGUCGAGGAACUUCAACCGGUGGUACAUCAUCUUCAACUUUGGCAAGAGAUACAGACUGUGGGGAUUCCGUCUCUCCCACUAUGGUGACACCACACACGACAUCAAGAAAUUCCAACUGCAAUGGUCUGCUGGUAACAAUCCUUACGACUGGAAAGAUGCCUUGACCGUCGACGAAGCUACGGCAGGAACAAACAAUGAUCAAUACUUCUAUGGAUUUGGUGGGACCGGUCAGUACUGGCGACUGUACAUCACCAGGACACACUCCGGCUAUCAACCUAAUCUAAAGGAAAUCGGGUUCUACGGAAUGGAAGCAGGCUCUGGUUCCGGAGGUGUGAAAGCUCCCCAAUGUGCUGGCAGUACUACCAACAUUGCCCGGGGUAAGCAAGUGGAACAGUCGAGUCUCGCGUACGGAGGCAACCCUGAUCGGGCUGUGGACGGGAACACCAACUCGUUUUGGCCUGGGAACAGCUGUACACACACCGACAUGGAAAACAACCCGUGGUGGCGAGUCGACCUGGGUGCCUCCCAGUGUGUGGACAGAGUUGUCGUCACCAACCGGCUAGACUGUUGCUCGGAACGACUCAGCGGCUUCAAGGUAUACGUGGGAGACAACCCAACAGUGACCGACAACCCAUCGUGUGGGGGAGAGCAGCAUACACGGGGCAAGGCGAAAUUUACCGUGAACUGUGGUCGUCGCACGGGCCGGUACGUGGGGAUAGCUCUAUCGGGAAGGCAGUACCUCACACUGUGUGAAGUGCAGGUCUUUGGAGGAGCAGCCGAAGGUAGCGGAAGCUGUGCAAGUGGUUACCAGAGGUAUGAAGGCACCUGCUACAGGGCGUACGGAGACAGGAAGUCUUAUGACGAUGCCAAGGCUAAGUGUGCUGCUGAUGGUGGCCGCCUGGUGGCGCCAAAGACGGAGAUGUUGGACACCUUCAUCAUGGGCCUGGUACAAGCGAACGGAGGAGGCGACCACUGGAUAGGAUUGGACGAUAAGGCAUCGGAAGGCGUGUGGACAUACAGCGAUGGGACACAGAUGCAGAAUUGUGACUUCAAGAAAUGGGCCCCAGGAGAGCCCAACAAUGCCGGAGGGCAGGACUGUGUGCAGUACUGGGCGGCAGCAGGCCACCGCUGGGACGACGACACGUGCAGCAGGCAAAAGAAAUUCAUUUGCCAGAUCGGGCCAGGGGACAACGCAGGCUGUACCGGGCCCAGUGGAUACAGCUUUAUCGGCUGUUAUGUGGAUAACGUGUUCCGCGUCUUCCCGCAUGCGCUCAUGAGGAGUGACCAGCUGACGGCCGGGACAUGUGCGGAGCAUUGCAGAUCUAGAGGAUACACGUAUUGUGGCACCGAGUGGCACAAUGAGUGUUUCUGUGGAAACGAUGCGAGCUUCGCCAAGCUGGGACCGAUGAAGCCGGUCGGUGAAUGUAAUGCUCCUUGCCGCGGGGAUAGCAACGAGAAGUGCGGAGGGUUCUGGCGUAUAUCAGUGUACCGCCUGGCACGCCGCGUCGCAAAGCUGAGAUGGCGAGCUGACCUGAGGUGCGGAAAUUCCUUCCCUGCUCCCGGAGCGACCCCUGGCGAGUGCGAUCCGGACGGCACCUACCAUUGCUGCUCCUCUUACAACUGGUGCGGCAACACCCCGGCUCACUGUACCUGUGACGGCUGCAUCGAUUACAGAAGGAAUAAUGGAGGAGGAGGAGGAUCUGUUAAGGCACCCAAAGGUCUAUGUGGUCUCAGAUGGGCGCCGAUAGAUGGUUCACUAAAGUUUGUAAGUGUUGGAGGCUGCGGAGUGUGGGGAGUGAACAAGGACGAUGACGUCUACUACCGGAUCGGCACGUACCUCGGCGAGAACCACCCCGGGACCGAAUGGCUAAAGGUCGACGGAAAACUGAAGCAAAUCAGCUCGGGAUAUGGUAUUGUGUGGGGAGUUAACGCUAACAAUAACGUCUACGUUCGUGAAGGUUUCAACGGUGGCAGGCCACAAGGAAGCUCGUGGACUCAGAUGGACGGUCUGCUGACCAUGGUCAGUGUCAGCUCCACCACCAACCAGGUGUGGGGAGUCAAUGUCAAUUACAACGUCUACCGACGUGUGGGCGUCACUUUCGCCAACAGGAAAGGGACGUCCUGGCAGCAACUGGACGGGAGUCUGAGGUACGUGUCGGUGGGACCCGCCGGAGUGUGGGGUGUGAACUGCAACAACGACAUCUGGUACAGAGAGGGCACGUAUGGGGACGAGCGAGCCGUCGGGAGCAGGUGGAGGCUGGUCUCGGGGAAGCUGAAACAACUCACCGUGGGCUACAAUGUGGUCUGGGGUGUCAACGCCAGGGAUGAAAUCUGGAUUCGAGUCGGGAUUACUUCAUCCAAUCCGACGGGUACGGACUGGGUUCUUGUGCCUGGCAGCCUGUCUAUGAUCUACGUCAGCCCAUCGACCAACAAGGUGUGGGGGUGCAACGCAGGGAGGCAGAUCUUCCGCAGACGGGGGAUCUUCAGCUACGGUGGCCGCAGGGGUGGGCGGUUCUCGUGGUUCCAGACCUCGGGUGAGUGGGCCGGUGAAGCCUCUGGGACACCGGCCAGCGAGGGAGGAGUCACGUUCGGACCGAGCAACAUCUUUGACGGCAAUCCACGAUCGUGCUGGAAACCAACGGGCCUGCCGCAGAACUACAACCAGUGGAGCAUCAUCAUGAACUUCGGAGUGUCGUACCUUCUCUCCCAGAUCCGCAUCACGAACUACGGAGACACCACGCACGACAUCAAGUCAUUCAAGCUGCAGGUCUCAGCCACGGGUAGCCCGUACAACUGGCAGGACGCGCUCGUGGUUCCCUCGGUGACAGCAGGAAGCAUUGAGCCGCAGGAGUUUGACAUCUCGCCGGUAACGGGUCAGUACUGGCGUCUGUUCAUCACCGCCACACACUCCGGGAGCGCGCCAUGGCUGGUCGGCGUCGCCUUCAACGGGAUACAAGCAGGCGUUUGUCCGAGUGGGUGGUCAUCGGGAGGCUACUUGUGCUACCGAGCCUUCGCGGAUAGCGUAGACGCCGCCACAGCCGCUACCAACUGCGGUGUCGCUGGAGGCAGGCUGGCAACAGUCAAGCACAGGACCAUCAACAACCUCCUGGUGCGCCUGAAGAACGCCGUUGACUCUAACGCUGACUUCUGGAUCGGGUUGAGCGAUAAGGAAACGGAAGGCGUCUGGAUGUGGUCUGACGGUACGGUGUCCAGCGGGUUCAACGCGUGGGCUCCUGGCGAACCCAAUAACGCGGGCAACGAGGACUGUGUCCACUACUGGAGCCACAGCAAAGGAGCCAGUCAGCGAGAUCUGUGGAACGACAUUGGCUGUAGCCACAGCAAGAAAUACCUCUGCGAACGAGAUAUCGGAGCUGGCGGAGAAGGAGGAGGAUCAGGAUCAGGAGGAGCGGGAGCAGGAGGAUCAGGAGGAGGAGCUGGCACUGGAGAAGUUCCUCACAGAUGGAACUCAAAUCUUCGCUGUGGAUCGGAGUUCCCGGCUCCUUUGGCCACUCCCGGUGAGUGCAACCCGGAAGGAGCCUUCCCGUGCUGCUCUCCUCACAACUGGUGCGGCAUCACACCCAACCACUGCACCUGCGACGGCUGCAUCGACUAUAGACCUAGGCCAGGUACCGGUGCUGGAGGAAGUGGAGGCGGCAUCAGCGGUGGUGGCGGAGGAGGAGGAGGAGCUGCGGGAGGAGGAGGAGGAGGUACAGGAGUUAUAGAUGGAGGAGCAGGAGUAGGAUCAGGAGCAGGAACAGGCGGAGCAGGAGCUGCAGGAGGAGGAGGCGGAGGCGGAGCCAUAGGAGGAGGAGGAGGGGCC